GAAUUAUAACAGAAAAAACAACAUCUGAUGUUGUGUCAUCAACAUUGCCACCAAUUUCCACCAAAGCAACAUUUGAAACAUUAGCUCAAACUGAAUCUACUCAGAACAUUAUUACAACAGAAGAAACGGCCACUGAAGGAAAUGAUUAUACCUUGGUUUUUGGGACUGAUCUAACUAAAACAUCUGAACGUGCAACAACUACAUUUGAAAGUUCUACUUCAACUGAUUUGCCUACAGGUACUUUCUCAACAGAAGAAACGGCCACUGAAGGAACUGAUUAUACCAUGGUUUCUGGGACGGAUCUUACUAAAACAUCUGAACGUGCAACAAGUACAUUUGAAAGUUCUACUUCAACUGAUUUGCCUACAGGUACUUUCUCAACAGAAACAUUUGAAACAACAGCUCAAACUCAAUCUAAUCAGAACAUUAUGACAACAGAAGAAACGGCCACUGAAGGAACUGAUUAUACCUUGGUUUCUGGGACUGAUCUAACUAAAACACCUGAACGUGCAACAACUACAUUUGAAAGUUCUACUUCAACUGAUUUGCCUACAGGUACUUUCUCAACAGAAGAAACGGCCACUGAAGGAACUGGUUAUACCUUGGUUUCUGGGACUGAUCUAACUAAAACAUCUGAACAUGCAACAACUACAUUUGAAGGUUCUACUUCAACUGAUUUGCCUACAGGUACUUUCUCGACAGAAGAAACGGCCACUGAAGGAACUGGUUAUACCUUGGUUUCUGGGACUGAUCUAACUAAAACAUCUGAACGUGCAACAACUACAUUUGAAAGUUCUACUUCAACUGAUUUGCCUACAGGUACUUUCUCAACAGGAUUUAUAACAGAAACAACAACUUAUGAUGUUGUGUCAUCAACAUUACCACCAAUUUCCACCCGAGAAACAUUUGAAACAACAGCUCAAACUGAAUCUACUCAGAACAUUAUUACAACAGAAGAAACGGCCACUGAAGAAACUGAUUAUACCUUGGUUUCUGGUACUGAUCUAACUAAAACAUCUGAACGUGCAACAACUACAUUUGAAAGUUCUACUUCAACUGAUUUGCCUACAGGUACUUUCUCAACGGGUAAAUAG